AUGGCAUCAACUACCACAGCAACAACAACAACAACUCUUACAACUACCACUAGUAGCACAACAAGUACUAGUAUAACAACUACUAGCACUAACACUACAAUUACUACAACAACUUCCAGCACUAGCGCCACGAGUACUACAACAGUUAUUAGUACAGCAAUUAGCAGCACUACCAUUUUGAGUACUACAACAAUUAUCAGUACUACAACAAUUAUCAGUACUACAACAACUAUCAGUACUACAACAACUACUAGUACAACAACAACUACCAGUACUACAACAAUUAUCAGUACUACAACAACUAUCAGUACUACAACAACUACUAGUACAACAACAACUACCAGUACUACAACUACUAGCACUAGCACUACGAGUACCACGAUAACUACCAGUACAACAACCACCACGUCAACCGCUCCUGCUCUAUGCAACACAACAUACAUGGCACAAACAACGUAUGCAACUGGUACAGGCCCGUUCGGCUUGGCAGCGGUUGAUGUCAAUAACGACGGUAAACCGGACAUUAUUGUCACAAACGUGAAUAGUAACAAUGUCGGUGUUCUUCUCAACACCGGCAAUGGUACGUUUGCUACACAAACAACUUACCCAACUGGCGCAAAGCCAAACAGUGUGGCAGUGGUUGAUAUCAAUAACGACAGUAAACCAGACAUUAUUGUCACAAAUCUUAAUAGUAACUAUAUCAAUGUUCUCCUCAACAUCGGCAACGGCACAUUUACUGCCCAAACAACUUACCCUACGGGCGCCGGUCCAUACGAUGUAGAAGUGAUUGAUGUCAACAACGACAACAAACCUGACAUUAUUGUUGCAAAUGCUAAUGGUAAUAGCGUUGGUGUUCUCCUUAACAUUGGCAAUGGUACAUUCACUUCACAAACAACUUACUUAACUGGCAGUACCCCGUACUCUCUGUCGGUAGUCGACGUUAAUAACGACAGCGAACCAGACAUUAUUGCUAUAAACUCUAAUAGUAACUACGUCAGUGUUCUUCUUAACAUUGGUAACGGUACAUUCACUCCACAAACAACUUACUUAACUGGCACCAAUCCGUAUGGUGUAGCAGUAGUGGAUGUUAAUAGCGACAGCAAACCGGACAUUAUUGUUGCAAACUCUGGUAGUAACAACGUCAGUGUUCUUCUCAACACAGGAAAUGGCACGUUCACUGCACAAACAACGUAUUCAACUGGAACCCUCCCGCUAAAUGUGGUAGUGCGCGAUGUUAAUAACGACGGCAAAUCCGACAUUAUUGUCGUGAACUAUAGUAGUAACAAUGUCGGCGUUUUCCUCAAUACAGGUAAUGGUACGUUUACUACACAAACAACUUACACAACUGGCGCCAAUCCACGAAAUGUAGCCGUGGUCGAUGUCAAUAAUGACGGCAAAAUCGGCAUUAUUGUUGCAAAUCAAGGAAGUAACAAUGUCGGUAUUUUAUUGGCUUGUUAA